CGGGGAUGGAAGGAGGAGGGGGUGGAGGAGGGGGAUGGGGAUGAGGAAAUGGGGGAUCAGGUUGGCGAAGGGGAAGGGGAAGUUGAAGGGGAAAAAGGGGAAACGGGGGAGCAGAGGCUGGCGCGGGCGAGGGAGCUGCUCGCGGGGCUGAGGCUGGGGGAGGUCUGGAGGGCGGUUGUGGCUUCGUUUGGGGAGGCUUCUACGGCGGGUGGAGGGCCCGGGGGGACCGGGGGCGAUGGGAGGAAGCAGGCGGGCGAGCCGGCUGCUGCGGCGGUGGCCGGGCUGCGAGGGGGACUGCCAAAGGGGUUGGGAGAUCGCGGGCCGAGGAUCACGCUCCGCGGGCUGGUCUCGAUGCAGGCGCCUAAGCAGGCGGCCGUGCUCUACGCGCCGCCGGUCGACCAGUUCGGCCUCCUGCAGGCGUUCUGCGAGAGGGUCAGGGACGUGUUCAGGGAGGCCGACCUCAUGGUCGACGACGGGCGGCCGCUGCUUCUGCACGCGACGGUGGUGAACACGGUGUACGUCAAGGGAGGUGGGAGGGAAGCAAACAGCAACGAGCCCGGAGAAGGGAGCAGCAGCAGUACGAGGAGGGGUGGAAGGGGCGGACGGGGAGGCAGGGGACGGAAGAAGUGGGAGCGAUUGGUGUUUGAUGCCACGGGGGUUCUAGACCGGUACGAGGACCAGGUGUGGAUGGAAGACGUGCCCGUCAGCAAAGUGGCGAUCUGCAAGAUGGGCGCGAAGAAGGUGGUCAUCGACGGCGAGGAGGACGAAGCCUACGAGGUCGACGCCGAGGUUGCCUUCGAGUGAGCGGGGAAAACGGGGUAGACGAGGGCUUUCUGUUUCUCAAAUCGAAAACAUUCCCCGUCAUGGAAGAGGCACCUCGACAGGAGCGCAAAUGGGUGUUUCGGGAACUGCGUACAUACACCCUGCCUGUCCUGCCUGUCCUGCCUCUUCCGUUGUCCCGCUUGUGAUCCCAAGUUCAUUCCAGACAGCCUGCCCUGGGUGUAGCGGACCCACUUGACUCGCCAGCGGCUUUCUCCAGCGCUGCGGAGCCUCCCGCAGCGG